AUGGACGUGUCGGAUGAUGGAGUCUCCUACGAUCACAGCUUUGUGUUCCGUCUCGUGGUGGGGAGCGAAGCAGUUCCGGGUGGAGAUCUUGAAGACCGGAGGGGGAGAAGCCUGAAUACUUACCCCAGACUUGAGAGCGUCAGCCUAGGAGCAACCAAUGUCAUUUUGUGUGAUGGCUCUCUUUUUCUCUCUGCAGGACCCGUGGCUGUGAUCAGUGGUGAAGAAGACUCCGCCAGCCCCCUCCAUCACGUCAAUCACGGCAUCAUAACCCCAUGCACCCUAGAUGCCGGGCCAGACGCUGUGGUAAUCGGCAUGACUCGUAUCCCAGUGAUCGAAAACCCACAGUAUUUCCGGCAUGGGCACAACUGCAACAAGCCUACAACUUAUGUACAGCACAUUAAGCGCAGAGACAUCGUGCUCAAGAGGGAACUGGGCGAAGGAGCCUUUGGGAAGGUGUUCCUGGCAGAGUGCUACAACCUAAGCCCCUCUAAGGACAAGAUGCUCGUGGCUGUCAAGACCCUGAAGGAUCCCACCCUCGCGGCGAGGAAAGACUUCCAGCGGGAGGCCGAGCUCCUGACCAACCUUCAGCAUGAUCACAUAGUGAAGUUCUACGGCGUCUGUGUAGAUGGAGAUCCGCUUAUCAUGGUCUUUGAGUACAUGAAACACGGAGACCUCAACAAGUUCCUCAGAGCUCAUGGUCCAGAUGCAAUGAUCCUGGUUGACGGACAGCCGCUGCAGACCAAUGGGGAACUGGGUUUGUCUCAGAUGCUGCACAUAGCCAGUCAGAUCGCAUCAGGGAUGGUCUACCUGGGGUCUCAGCACUUUGUGCACCGUGACCUGGCCACACGCAACUGCCUGGUGGGCAACGGGCUGCUGGUGAAAAUCGGAGACUUUGGAAUGUCAAGAGACAUCUACAGCACUGACUACUACCGGGUGGGAGGACACACAAUGCUGCCCAUUCGCUGGAUGCCACCAGAAAGCAUCAUGUACAGGAAGUUCACGACGGAGAGUGAUGUGUGGAGCUUUGGCGUCAUCCUCUGGGAGAUCUUCACCUAUGGCAAGCAACCAUGGUUUCAGCUGGCAAAUAAUGAGGUAAUCGAAUGCAUCACACAAGGACGUGUGCUGGAGAGGCCACGGGUUUGUCCCAAGGAAGUGUACGACAUUAUGCUGGGAUGCUGGCAGAGGGAACCACAGCAGAGGUUGAACAUCAAAGACAUCCAGAAAAUUCUUUAUGCCUUGGGCAAAGCCACACCUGUCUACCUGGAUAUCCUGGGCUAG